ACGCAUAGAUAAUAAUAGAAUGGUACAAAUUGAAGAAAAUAGAAGGAAAAUAGGACCAAUUAUUGAGUGUAUAAUUCUAUGUGGUAAAGAAGAGUUGGCUUUGAGAGGACAUAGAGAUUUUGGUGAUAUCUUAGUAGAUGAUGAUUCAAGGCAAGGCCAUUUCCGUGGUAUUCUCAAGUACAGAGCAAAAGGAGAUGAAUUUUUGCGUAAUGUUCUUGAGGGUUCAGGGAAACGUAAUAAAUAUACGAGUCGAAUUAUACAAAAUGAAAUAAUUCAGUCAUAGCAACUCAGUAUAUGUGUUUGAUAUAUUGAUAAAAACAAUAAGUUGCAUGAGAACUUUUUACGAUUUUUUGAAAUUGAUAGCUUGACUGGUUAUGACUUGGCUAACUCAAUAUUAAAUGGCUUAAACAGAUGUGGAAUUGAUUGCAAUUAUUUAUAUGGCCAAGGCUAUGAUGGGGCCAGUAAUAUGGCUGGUCGAUUUAAAGGAGUACAGACUAUUGUGAAAUCUAAAUACCCCAACGCUAUAUAAUAUGUACAUUGUGCAGCACAUUCGCUGAAUUUAGCUGUUUCAACAGCUAGUGGCAUAAAACCUAUCAGAAAUUGUUUGGGGGUGAUCGAAAAAGUUUAUAAUUUUUUCAAUACCCCUAAAAGAAAUUCUGUUCUUUUAAAUACCAUUGAGAAUUCAAAUAAUGCACCCCAAGUAAAACAACUCAAACGGCUUUGUGCUACUCGUUGGAUUCAACGUUAUGAUUCUGUAAAUGAUUUUUCUGUACUAUUUUCAUUUGUUCUCAAUGUGUUAGACAUUAUAUCUGAUUAGAAAGAAUCAACAGAUGCUGAAAUGCUUCAGAAAGCGUUAAAAGAUUCAGAGUUUAUGAUUUCUUUGAUUGUUAUAAAGGUAUUAUUUUCUUAUGGACUUCCGCUGUGUAAACAAUUGCAAAAAGUUCAAAUUGAUUUGAAAAGGACAAUACUCAUAGUAGAAAAUGUAAUAGCUACUUUAAAAUGUAUCAGAGAAAAUAAUGAAAUAGAAUUCAAAAUUAUCUAUAAUAAUGUCAAAAAAAUGGCAGAUGAUGUUGGAAUUGAAUUGCUAGAGAAAAGAAUUUCUUCUAAACAAACACAUAGAGCUAAUCCAAAUUUACAAAAUCAUUCUACCGAACAAUACUAUCGUGUAACAGUAUUUUUACCAUAUAUUGAUUACUUUAUAUCACAACUUACUGAGCGUUUUAUAAAUCAUAAAAGUAUUUUUGAAGGGUUCGAUUGCAUUUUUAAAACCCAGCCAUUGCCACUAGAGAUAAAUGACCGAGAACAAUUUAAUAAGCUUGUGAACAUAUAUUCACCCGUUGUAGAUAAAUUCAAUAGCAUAGCCGAAUUCAAUAUGUGGAAAACAAAACUAUUUACAGAUAAUAUCAUUCUUAGUUCAGGAUUACAGGCAUUAGAAAUUUGUGAUAAAGAAUUUUAUCCCAACAUUUACAUGUUGAUAAAAAUAUUUUGUACGCUUCCAGUGUCAACAACAACUCCUGAACGAUCAUUCUCUAAUUUAAAAAGAAUUAAAACUUAUCUCAGGAAUAGUAUGAAUGAAACUAGACUGAAUGGAUUGGCUCUAUUAGCAUGCCAUACAGAAACAAAGAUUACACCAGAUGAAGUCAUUGAUGAAUUGUCUCUGAAAAAUAGAAGACUGGAGUUUGUUUUGUAAAAUCACUGCAAAUAAAUGGCUAUAUGUGCCUAUGUGUUAUAUAUACCUAUGUAGAUAAUAGAUAUCAAUGAUCAAUAUAAUUAUAUGAUAUUUUACAUUUUUACAGAACAAAUUAUUAAUUAGCUAAAUAUUUUAUAAAUUUAUUUCAUUGUGUUGAUUAUUAUAAAUCUAUAUUAAGCUAUUAAUAUAUUUUUUAUUCAUUA